AGUCCUCUCCUGCUUAUUGCUUAAAACAAGAUUUGUUCAGCUUAUCUACAAUAUCCUAGGUAGUAGGUUGGUAGACAGCAACCACCCAGGGAGGUACUACCGUCCUGCCAAGUGAGUGUAAAACGAAAACCUGUAAUUGUUUUACAUGAUGGUAGGAUUGCUGAUGUCUUUUUUCUGUUUCAUAAACAUUCAAGAUUUCAGAGCUGAGCAGCUAUGCAACAGAUAACCAUUAGAGGAAUAAAUCUUCUCCAUUCAUCAAAAAAAUGUUUUACGUACUGGCAGCAUUUAACAAAAACCUGGAUGCACAAGUCUCCACCAUCGGUAACCUCACAAUUGCCAGUGUUUCGAAAAGCUGUACAGUAUAAGGAUACUGUGGCUCUUACUGACCAGCAUGGGGACCACACAUAUGGACACAUUCAUAGAUUAAGCGGCCACUUGGCCUGGAUAAUGCAAGACAUGCUCGGUAAAGAAUCGGCACAGGAACGUGUUGCUUUCCUUUGUCCCAACGAUGUUUCAUACGUGAUAACACUGUGGGCUGCUUGGAUGGCUGGUCAUGUUGCUGUGCCACUUAGCCCCAAACAUCCAUCAUCAGAACUGGAGUAUUUUGUUCAAGACAGUGAGGCUUCCAUCAUCGUUACAACAUCUGAGUUAACCGUUAAGAUUAAACCUAUUCUCUCUGGACAACAGGUCAUAGUACUCGAGGACUUUUUCUUCAAGCCAUCUACCUCUCAGGAGGGUGAGGAAGUGCAGAUUAUGCCAGAGUCAAACAUUACCAUGGCUGAUAAUCACCAGGUGGAGUAUGGUAAAGAGAACGAGUUCUACUCUGUCAGUGAUGCAUUAAUUAUCUACACGAGUGGCACUACUGGCCGCCCUAAAGGUGUGGUCCUGACUCACAACAACGUAUUAUCACAAAUGAGUUGUCUUCUUCAGGCUUGGGACUGGACUUCUGGUGAUACCAUCCUCCACUGUCUACCUCUCCACCAUACACAUGGCAUUAUUAAUGCUCUUCUUUCUCCACUCUAUGUUGGUGCCAGGAUUGUGAUGUUGACACAUUUUGUAGCUUCCGCAGUGUGGAGCAAGCUUCUGGCACUCGAUACUCCCAUCCAGUCACGUGUCAACCUCUUUAUGGCAGUGCCAACAAUAUAUGCCAAACUUAUUGAAGAGUAUGAUACUAAAUUGAUAAAAAAUACACGAAUGAAGGAAUACAUAAAAUCUGUAUGCACACAAAAUAUCAGACUUAUGGUGAGUGGUUCAGCAGCAUUACCAGAGCCGAUCUUGGAACGUUGGCACCAGAUUACAGGACAUAUUCUUUUGGAGCGAUAUGGUAUGACUGAAAUCGGCAUGGCUCUUUCCAAUCCCCUGAAAGGCAUUCGUAAACCAGGAUUUGUUGGGAAUCCACUGCCUAGUGUUGAGGUGUGUAUUGGUAAAUUUCUACCUGGCAGUGAGAAAUAUGAAGUGUUAUGCUGUGGAAACACUCAGGGAACUGAGGUUAUGUCAGAAGGUAAUAGUACAGAGUCUGGAGAGUUACUAGUUCGUGGGCCAAAUGUCUUCAAAGAAUACUGGAAGAAACCUCAGGAAACCCUCAAGGAGUUCACUCAUGAUGCUUGGUUUAAGACAGGUGACACAGCACAGUACAUUGACGGAGCAUACAAGAUACUUGGACGCACCAGUGUUGAUAUUAUCAAAAGCGGAGGAUUUAAAAUCUCUGCUCUUGAUGUGGAGCGACACCUUCUUAGUCACCCUAACAUUUCUGAUGUUGCUGUUGUUGGCAUCCCUGAUAUCACCUGGGGCCAGAAGGUAGCAGCUGUAGUGGUGUGGUCAGGUGAAGAAACAAUAUUAGAUCCACAAGAGUUAAGAAAGUGGGGUCAAGAGCGAAUGCCUCACUAUCAAGUUCCUUCAGUGAUAGUCAGUUUGACUGAGGCUUUUCCACGUAACAACAUGGGAAAAAUUAAUAAGAAGCAAAUUUUAAAAAUGUUUUUCUCCUGAAACAGAUACCAUAUCCUGCUUUAAAUUUAUCGUACUGUACAAUGAAGGUACACUUUUUAAAAAUAAAUACAUGAAUGUAGGCAUAGUGAGUAACAGAUAAUGUUCUUAUUAUUUUAAUAUAAUAUAUUAUUUUAGAAUAAUUCUCUAAUGGUUUGCAUAAUAGGGGCAAAUAAUUCAGAAACUGACAUUUUAUUCAAUAUAGUAACUGGAUGUUUAGGUUCAUAGUAGUGUAGUAUUAUAUUCAUGGGAAAGUUGCAAAUUUACAAGGAUCAUACAGCACCUGGGAAAUGUAAGAUAAUCCGCUUUGAUCCAGCAUCAGGGCACCUCCCUGUGAAUGUCCAUAGUACUGUAGCUUCUUUACAUGUGAUAUAUUUGGUGAACAAUGACUGGUAAGUGCAGUUUAAUGUGCUGACUGUUGAUAUGAAUGUUGAGGUUUUGCAUGUGAUGUUACAGGGUACUGACUUGUGAGCCGUAUGUUAAGUUGCAUUGACAACUAUAUACACAUAUUGUUCAUAUACAAUAAUACCUCAGUGUAAUGAACUAAUAAGGAAAGGCAGGUGUCAACUUAAAUGAAAAUUCAUUGCAUUGAAGUCCCUGGUGCAUCAGUGGACUACCAAACAAUGCAAUGAACUUUGCCUGCUGAACUGAUGGCACUAUUGGACCUAAAGAAUAUGAUGCCUCUUCUCUUUAAUAUGGCAGCUUCCUAAUAUAUGAAUAGAUGUUUAUUUAGGUUCCAAGUAUUAGUACAAAUAAUUUGUAUAUAAAGAAUUUAUAGUGUUGCACCAUAAACAUAUAUAUUAUAUUAUAGUCAUAUAACAGUGGAUAUGGCCAGUGUGUUGAAAGAAAGAAAGAACAGUGACAAGGUAUGAUGCAUCAAUCAGGAUAAUCCAACAAAACCAGUAUAGGAUUUAUUGCUGUUGGGGUCCAGGAAGCAAAGUCAGGUACAUCAAGGUUACAGUUUAAGGUACCACAGGUGACAUUAAACCUUGAUACACUUGACUCUUGCACACUGGAUGACUAAGCUAUUGCACUUCAUAUCUGUUAAGUGCGUGAAAAAGCUGACCUCCAGGUAAAGCACUGAACUAAUAAAUGACUUCCAAGUGUGGAUGAAAAAUUGUAUUAAUAAAAGACUUAACUGUAA